AUGGGUUUAGAUCAUCCUGCUUUUACUUUAUCCGGAUUAUGUGCAAUUGGUGGAUUAAUUGGUUAUUUUAGAAAAGGUUCAGUUCCUUCAUUAAUUGCUGGUUUAGCUAUUAGUGGUUUAUAUGGUGGUGCAGGUUAUUUAUUAAAACAAAAUGCAAAUUAUGGUUUAGAAUUAGCUUUGGCUACUUCUUCUGUUUUAUUAUUUGCUGGUUUAUCAAGAUCUUUUCAAACUUCAUUUCAAAAACCAAUUCCAUUAUUAUUAUUAGCUUUAGGUUCUGUUUCAACUGGUUAUUAUGCUAAGAAAUAUAAUGAAUUUUAUCCAAUUUUCCAAUAG